AGGAUGGAAUCUAUAAACCAAGUUAAAUAAUUACACUUUGAAUAACUUACAACUUGGACACACUUUUUUUCAGAUUUUUUUUCCAGGUUAGACAGCUGUUGUGUCUCAGGUUCCUGUUUGUCCAUAACUAUUAAAGAUGCAAGCAAAUGUUUUUUUAUUUAUUUAUUUAUUUAAAGUCACCUUUGAAUCCAAACCCUGCAUAAAAAAAAGCUAAGUAGCUAAACUACAAAGUGGCAAAAAUUGAUAAAUGUUCCAAAAUAGUUUAUUUUUCUGAGAAACAGAAUUGUUCUAUUCAGAAUUGAAAAGCACAGUGACUAUCAAAUUGGCCUAUGGUGCCCUCUAUGACCUGUUGACAUUUGUAGUGAGUCUUUUUUAAAGUCAUAUCUUUUUCCUCUUUGUGCACCUUGAUUGAGUUGCCCGUUUCCUGGACUUAAGGGGAACUGGUCUCCGUCACACUCUGCUUACGUGCACGUGGAGCUCUUUUUCAGUGGCGCACGGCUGGACUUUGUCACAGUUAUUUUGGGUGGGGGAGAUCAGGGGGUCCUGUGAAUAUAAUGGCCCGGCUCGACCUCGCGUGUCACAUUGUGCUCUACGCCAGCAACGCUGGACCAUGGAGUGGCUUUUGAUCGCCGUGGUAACAUGCGUGCUAGCCCCCUUCCCUGGCAAAGGUAAAAGCGCUGGAACCAGCUGGAGCCUGUCAGGACUCAGUCACAUAUUUGGUAUUGCGCUUGCGGUGUGUGUGCAUGUGUGUGAGCUUGUGGUUUUUUUUUUUUUCCUGAAAGACACCAGCUCAAGCUUGGGUGACCACAUAUGUAGUCGAGGGGGUUUCGACAAAAUGCAGUCGUGUGCGCCCGUACGCUUGUGUGUGUGUGUGAGCCCGUACCGUUGUGUGCACCUGCAUUUUUUGGAGCUUUGUGGGACCAAUAGAAUCUAAACAAAAACCCCUCUCCAAACAUGGCCCCUAGAAGCGAACCGGAGGAUUAUGGGUGUCAGUAUGGAUGAAGGAAGCCAUGUUUGAAAGACCUCAUUCUCUGCCACUGAGGCCAUCAACUGUGCUCAGUGUCAUGGGAAGCUAUGGCUCCUGCCAUGUUGCCAUGUGUUUGUUGGAAUACACAGGGAUGAAGAGGAAUUAAGGAUGCCUUUCCCUUUUUUCUAAGGCAGCGAUUGGAUGUGGGAGUACGACGAGGGACUGAGGCACUACACCGAAGAGGCUCUUAAAAGGGUACUAUCGGCCAGUUUUGGUCAUGAGCACUGGUAAAGGGAUGGUGGUAAAAUCAGGUAGAUGACUUUGAUGUCUUGGAUGUAAAGGACACAGUUAUGACACAGACCGUAUCUACUCUGCUCAGACUUGAUUCAUGUAGUAUCCUGUUGGCAUUGAGAUAUCUUGCUUGAGAUAACAUACAAAGGUCUGGGCUGGAUGUGAUGCUUACAGUGAGAUUGCUACUUAACUGUGUUACUGUGUAAUUGCUACUUAACGUCUGUUAGGUGAGCUGUUCAGACUUAAAAGAGUGGCACAUAAACCUUUGCUGUCCUGUCCUGUCCUGUGCCUUCUCCAGGAGUUUCCGGAGAAAACUAGGCCUGUGAACUUCAAACAUCCUCAGUUCCAGUGCCCCGACAUGAAUCCCUCCCCUACGGUCCCUACCUCAGGUGAGGCACACAGCUUGGACACUUCUCAUCCACUUUAUUCAUCUAAGUUUAGAAUAAUGACAGUUCAGCACAGGCAUUUUACAGAUUCAUUUUUCAAAACAUCCCUUAUGGGCAGGAAGUGACAUGAUUACUCUUUCAGUCCCUCACCAGUCUUAUUAAAGGAGUCGCACGUAUCACAUCGCUGGUCUACAUCUAGCUCUGAUUAGCAUUUCUACUCCACUCUCAAAAGAAUUCAAAAAUAGGCCAGGCAGCUUUUAAGAGCCUUAGGAAGUGUCACAUCUCUGCCUGAAUGAGUCUCUCUCUGUUUGUUGCAGUGGAAUUGGUGAAGCCUGCAGACAUCAAAGUGAUCGCGGCACUCGGUGACUCGUUGACUGUGAGUUUGUCGGCUGAUAUUCCUGAUCUUACAUCUUACAUUAGUAAAACUCGCUCAAGCUUUCUGCGCGUGAGUUUGAUGUGUUGAGGUGUGUGAGGCUCUGCUUGUUCAUCACACACACGCCUUUGCUUUCCCACGAGUUUGUGGGCGCUUUCAACUCGACAGCACUCUUAUCACUGGCAUCUUUGUUUCCUGUUGUCAACUUGCCGAGUUAUAAUUGUGACCAUAAUCUGUGUCGGGGCCAUCUGUUGUGGUGGAAGCACAGAACACUGCUGUGAACAUUUGGAGAGGAUGCUCUCUCUACCAACCCUCAAAAUUACUUCCCACUAAAGUAAUGGAUGGGUUGUUUUCCAAGGUUACACAGUAUAAUAUAUAUAUAUACAGGUUACACAUAAUAAUAUACAGUGAUAUACUGUAGGUUGGCGUAACUAUGGAGAUAUAUUUAAGUCCAUUUUACUUGAUAUAUUUUGUUGCCAUAGCUAGCUGAGAAGGCAGUGUUUUCAUUUGAACACAGAAACUGAAUUUGAGAUGGAUCUAAAUCUGCUGGCCUCUGUGACUUUGCAGACAGCCAUUGGUGCCAAUGCAACUAACGUCCUCGGAAUACCUAUAGAAUUCCGUCAUGUGUCAUGGAGCAUUGGAGGUCAUGGCACAUUUGAGGACGUCAUCACGCUUCCAAACAUCAUCAAGCUCUUCAACCCUCACCUGAUUGGUGCAGCUCCAACCAAGACAGUCCACGGAACCCCAGCACCCCUCAGUGAGACGGGCUUCAACCUGGCUGUGACUGGACACAACACAUUUAAUCUCCCUGGACAGGUCAGACAUCUUAUUGACACACUGAAAACUUACCAGGUAAGGACAUGUGGCCAUUAUAGCUAUGGUGAGUUAUCUGAUAUGUGUAUUUGGAAAAGUAACGUUUUGUAAUAUUUUGGUAUUUGACAUGGUAGAAAUACCAUCCAUAAGGACAUUCUUUGAAGCUCUAACCCGAGCCACUCUGACGCUGUAGGGUGUUGAUUUUGAUGAAGACUGGAAGCUUCUGACCAUCCUCAUUGGUAUGAACGACAUCUGUGAUUACUGCAAAGACAAGUCCCUCUUUUCAGUGGAAAACUUCAUCUACUACAUGACUGUGUCCUUGGAGAUGUUGAUGAAUGAGGUUCCACGGAUGAUCGUGAAUGUGGUGCAGAUUCUGCCCAUGGAGACCCUGAGAGAGGUGCAGAAGCCCACCCCAGGCUGCCUGCUCCAGAGGUCUUUCUGCUCUUGUUUAGUGAAGCCCGCUACAGGCUCAGACGAUCUGAAGGAACUGGUGGCGGUCAAUCUGGAGUUCCAGAGACGGCUGGAGCAGCUGCUUUACACGGAGCGCUUCUUCAAGAAGGACUUUGCUGUGGUCCUUCAACCCUUCCUCAAAUUUGCUGAUCCUCCUCGGCUUCCGAAUGGGAAGAUUGACAUGAGCUUCUUCACUCCAGACUGUUUCCACUUCACCAUGAAAGGACACGAGGAGCUGGCCAAGGCUCUGUGGAACAACAUGUUCCAAGCUGAGGGGGAAAAGUUCAUUGUGGAGAGUUUUUCCAACCCCAUUCAGCUCAGAUGCCCUCCCCCGGUGAGCGGUCUCUGAUCACCCUACAGCACACAGCACAAUCUACAGUCUCAUACCUCAUACUCACUCACUGAGCUCAUACUAGCGGUCUCUGAUCACCUACAGCACACAGCACAAUCUACAGUCUCAUACUCACUCACUCACUGAGCUCAUACUAGCGGUCUCUGUCACCUACAGCACACAGCACAAUCUACAGUCUCAUACUCACUCACUGAGCUCAUACUAGCGGUCUCUGUCACCUACAGCACACAGCACAAUCUACAGUCUCAUACUCACUCACUGAGCUCAUACUAGCGGUCUCUGAUCACCCACAGCACACAGCACAAUCUACAGUCUCAUACUCACUCACUGAGCUCAUACUAGCGGUCUCUGUCACCUACAGCACACAGCACAAUCUACAGUCUCAUACUCACUCACUGAGCUCAUACUAGCGGUCUCUGUCACCUACAGCACACAGCACAAUCUACAGUCUCAUACUCACUCACUGAGCUCAUACUAGCGGUCUCUGUCACCCACAGCACACAGCACAAUCUACAGUCUCAUACCUCAUAC